GCCCAUGUCAGUUGGGCUUUGUAUAUCUGCACAAAUCCUUGAAUGAAUAUGUGGGCCACUUCUCUCUCUUCCUCAACCAGCUACACUGCUCGUUUCUACUUGCCUUCAUCUUUUUCAUUCUUCAAAUAUUUUCGGACCCUGGAUUUCCCCAUGGACAACAAAAGCAAUAGGACUGAAGCUUCUUCUUCAUGUUCUAACACAAGGGGAGGUGGUAGUAGGGGACGGAGUUCUAAUAUAAGAGGUAGUAGCCGGGGACGUGGUGGCGGUAGAAGGGGAUACACUGGUCGUGGCGCUUGUAGUCCGGAUAAGAUUGAUUCUCUUGGAAGGCUUAUGACAUGGAUAUUGCGUCAUACAGCUUCUAAGCUAAACUUGGAAAUAAGAAGUGAUGGGUAUGUCAAGGUUCAGGAUUUGUUAAAGCUAGAUCUGUAUACAUUGGCUGAUAUACCAUUACAUUCACAUACUAUUGCUGAUGUUAGGGAGGCAGUUAUGGCUGAUAAAAAGCAGCGAUUUAGCCUAAUGGAAGAAAAUGGGGAGCUUUAUAUACGUGCGAAUCAAGGCCAUUCACUGAAGGCAGUUAAAACUGAAUCGCUACUGAUACCAAUUGUUUCAGCUGAAGAAGUUCCAGUUUGUGUGCAUGGGACAUAUAGGGAGAACUUACAAUCAAUCUUGGAGCAUGGUCUCAAGCGCAUGAAACGAUUGCAUAUUCAUUUCGCUUGUGGCUUGCCAAAGGAUAACAACGUAAUUAGUGGCAUGAGACAGAAUGUCAAUACCUUGAUCUUCCUCGAUGUCAAGAAAGCGCUGGAAGAAGGAAUGAAACUCUACUUUUCCGAAAACAAGGUCGUCUUAACUGAAGGUUUUAAUGGCGUUAUUCCCCCCAAGUACUUUGAGAAGAUAGAGUCACGGCCCGGUAGAGAGCUGCUUUAUGUCGGGAAAGGUGAAGAUCUUGUGACCGGAAUGCAGGACCUCACCAUAGAGAAAGGAGCUAAGCUUCAAGGGACUAGAAAGGGCUAAGCUUGAAGAGCCUCAACUCUGUGUAACAAGAUAAAUGUAGUGUAUAACAAGUAUGAAGACUAGGAGCACUCUUAUUAUAUGGGAACAUAUAGUUUAAUGUUGUAUCAUCAUAUAUAAGAAAAAGUUAGAUCCAUAUUGUAUGCUCA